GGAGGGAGGGGAGGCUCCACUCAUGGCGCCGAGACGCCCUCUAAUCUAGCCAGUAUCACGCCGACCGCGCGAGAAGCAAUACGUUUGCCGUCGGCUCGUAGCCAACGUUUCCAGCAUAAGACAUGCGACGUGUUGUUGUUACGUUGUCCGAAUAAUAACAACAAUAACAACAACAACAACAACAAUAACAACAACAGUAGCAGCAGCAACAAUAGCAGCAGCAGUUGCAACAAGGAAGAUAUUUAUUGUGACAGUAGCGACGAUUCGGAACUUUUAUUGACGCCAAAGUGUCACGUUGAGCAAUCAAAGACUAGUCAUCAUUAUCACAGCCAUUAUAGUCAUUAUAAUCAUCAUCAUCAUCAUCAUCAUAAUCAUAAUCAUCAUAGUUAUCAUCAACCAGCACAACAACAGCAACAACAACAACAACAACAGAUUAGAUCGGGUUGCAGUGGCAGUGUUAUUUUGAACAGUGGUGUUCCAUGUGCCGGUGGUUGUUGUAGUAAUAAUAGUAGUAGUAGUAGUAGUAGUAUUAAUAGUAGUAACAACGGUGUUUGCGUUGGUGUGACAGGUAAUAAUGGUUUCAGUAGUGCACCUUCCCCAUGUUGCGAACUAACCAGUACGAGCGAUAAAUAUAAGAGUGCCGUGGAGUCCUUGCUGAAGGCCAACGAAGCGGCGCAAGGCCGUCCCGUUGAUAGAUCCAUGCUGAAGAUCGAGAAGCCACAGUCUUCGUCCAAGGUGGUUGCUCUGCACGGUGUCGAAGGGACUGGGAAGUCGAUGGACAGGAUGAAAUCCUCGCAAGACGUCGUAGGUUACGUUGGUAAGCACGAACCAGUAAAAUCCAAGGGGAAUCACGAUUCUACUCAUGGAUUCAAGGUCGAGAAUCUCAAGUAUUACGGCGAGUUGAAGGGCUAUGAUUUUAAAUCUUACGGUACGAUCGACAAGGCAAUCGUUACCGCUCACGAGAAGUCACAUUUGCAUGGUGCACCACAGGAGAAGCUUUCUCAUGAGAAAUGUCACGCGAAAUUGUCGUCAGGUUCGACGUCCUCAGCAUCAUCACCGGCGAUCCAGGCAUACCUGAAGGUACCGAACGUCGUCGAUCGUCAAGCUGAGAAGAGUCCCUACGGAGAGCACUAUUAUCAUAGAUCGUCACACUCCAAGCCGCAGAACGCGUAUCAGGUUUAUCAGGAGACGAAGUAUUCUUACAACGUUAGUGGGGUGCCAGGAACACCGGCACAGGCCAGCGCAGCCGCAGCGUUCUUCGCAAGAGCCGCACAGAAGUUAAACCUGUCGUCGAGUCCCCAUCGUCGACGGCGUUCCGGUGACGAGAACAUUGGACCAGAAGAGCAACCCAUCUUUCCUAAUGGAUACGCCGCAUUGCUUCUCAAAUCACCGCCUCCGGCACCACCGGCCCUUCUCAGGCGGAUAGGAGUUAAGGAGCUCACCGGAGUUGGCAAGGUGAAAGUCAUGCUUAGGGUAUCUCCAGGAGACGGUGGUAGUUUCUUUAACGCCGAUAAACGUAAGAAGCAAGUGACUUUGGUGGAUCCAGCAUCUGGUCAAUCUUCCUCAGCUGAAGAUCGUAGACCAACUGUAGCAGCACCGAAGAUGUUCGCGUUCGAUGCUAUAUUCACCGAAGAAGAUUCUCAGACGGAAAUCUGUUCGAGCGCCCUCACCGACGUUAUUCACGCUGUCAUCAAUGGAACGGAUGGUUGCCUCUUUUGUUAUGGACAUGCAGGUUUGGGCAAGUCUCACACAAUGUUGGGCACCCCUGAGGCAGGCCACACUUUGGGCGCAAUCCCAUGCGCGAUAGCGUGGCUCUUCCGUGGAAUUUCCGAGCAACGUCAGAGAACCGGCGCCAGAUUUAGCGUGAGGGUCAGCUGCGUUGAAUUGACCACCGGCCAGCAACAGUUGAGAGAUCUUCUUGCCGCUCAUGCGAAUGAUUCAGAACAAUCACCGGCCGUUUAUCUGAGAGACGAUCCAUUGUUCGGUACAUUGCAGUUGCAACAACACAGUGAGCUCCGAGCUCCAACUGCGGAACGUGCAGCUUUUUAUCUCGACGCAGCAGUUGCCGGUCGUCAACGAGAAGAUGGAGAUGCUCACAUGCUCUAUACCUUACACGUGUAUCAGUAUAGCGUCGCUGGCAAGGGUGGUGUCGCCGGUGGUAGAAGCAGACUACAUCUCAUGGACCUUGGUAAUUCCGACCGUGGCAAAUCGUCCGGUGGAAUACCACUUUCGGGUCUGGGAAAUAUUCUCUUAGCCAUUUUCAACGGACAAAAGCACUUGCCGUACAAGGAGCAUAAGCUAACCCAAUUACUGAAGGAAUGUCUCGGCUCGUUAACGUGUCAUGCGGCAAUGAUCGCCCACGUAUCUCCGAAUGCACAACAUUAUACCGAGACUCUAACGACCGUGCAGUUGGCAUCGAGGAUUCAUCGAAUGAGACGUAGGAAGAUUAAGUUUGUCGGUGGUGGUACGCAGGGUACCGGAAGUGGUGGUAGCUCAGGCGAGGAAGCAGCCAGACAGAACAGCGAAUGUGAUCCAAGUUCGAGUGAUCUUUCAGCAGAUACUGUAAUCUACGUUGGUCCAUCUGCCGAUGACGCAACCGAUGGAGAACAUCCACCGGUUUACAUUCCAAGUUUGAAUUCCGGUGACAAUCGUUGUGCUAUGGGUAGAGUUCUUCGUGGUUCAGCAGCUGAGAGACCUAGUAAGAUACCUGAAGAAAGAAGUCCGGCACACAAGGCUACGAAAAUAGCGAAAACUUUAACACAAACAGCUUCAAAACAAACUUCACCUGCUCACAGUGCUACGCCAAAAGCUAGUCCAGCGAGAAAGAUAUCUUCGAGCAAGGUUUCGAGUUCAAAGGUAACUGACUCGCCGAGUAGUAAGAUUCCGGUAGCCGCUUCGAGUGGUGCUUCAGAUGAACAAUGGAUAGAUGGUCCAAGAAUUUCAAAAUCAAAGGUUGCCGAGGCUAGACAUAUGUUGAAAGAUUCUCAUCAUAAACGAGAAACUUGGAUAGACGGACCGAUGCAAUUGACUGGUCCCCCUCUGUUACCACUUCAUACUCAACAACAACAUUCGUCCGGCUAUGGAUUUAUGGAUAGCCAUAAGAAAAGUAUGAUAAGGAAAUGGGUGGAAAAUCAGUCGUCCCAAAUUCAAAGAUCUAAACACGCUCAGUCACGUAUGGAACCAUUAAAAGGCACUGGACAAUCUUCUCAAUUUAAAGAAAUGACGACGUUCAAAAGUUGUUCCGCUACUGUUGACGACGACGAUACCUCUUUAUCAACCGCUGAGAGUGAUAGUCUAAAAGCUAACGAAAUUGAAGACAUCACUGAGAAACUCGGGGCUAAACUAAAUCUUCUCAACGUUAAGUCAAAUACCGAUUCGGGAUUAGAUCUUACAGCUAGCCCAGUUAUGGAUGAUAGCAUUGAUAGAGGAAAGUUAGAUCUUCCGGAAGAUGAGGAUGACGAUGAAGAAAUAGUUGUACCACCUCCUUUACCUCUGAUCGAACCUCUUAGCAAUGGAGUUAGCAGAGAAGUCUCCAUGGAAAGUUUGAAUCUUUCUCACAAGGACAUUGUACUGCCAUCUAGACACUCACUCUCAUCAGAAGACGAAAUCUUAGAAAUUGUUGAGGUUGAAGAUUUAGAACCCGUGCCAAUGCAGGACUCCUGUCUUCAAGUCACGGAAGAGGACAUUGCCAUGUGUAUGGGUGAAAAUCCUUUACCAGAAAGCGAUCAAGAAGAACAUCCUUUGAGAAUCCUAAGCCAAGAGAAUCUCACGGUUGUCUCUACGUUUACUGACUCAAUGUCGGUGAUGUCAGAUACGGAACGCUACAGAUCUCAUUACCCACCGCCUGUUGGUGCUGGUGUAAUGCCGAGGCCGUAUUUCGACCACGAGGAUUUCUUGGAACAAGAGACCAGGCACAAGUUCGAUCAAUUGGCACGACUUCACGAGCUCUACCAGAGCAAGCUAGCUCUUGCUAAUGUUUCGAAUUCAGCGACGUAUCAAAGGGAGAAUUCGUCCACUGUGAAUUCCCGAGAAGCUCCAUCCGCCACCGUCUUCCGUCCGCCAUCACGCUGUCAGUCAUUGUCCCUUACGGACGUCUUAUUCAACGACAAUGCGAGCAAUCAUGGUAGUAUCUACAGCGAGCCUGCAUAUAUAGCUGGAAAGUCCGAUCAAGAGAAGAUAUGUGACAAUUGUCGUCAAAGUAUGUCAAGACCAGCGACAGCAUUUUAUUGGUAUCCAAGUAGCGUCGCUCAUCUUGCCAGUCCAAGAAGAUACUGCGGUAAAUUAGGCGAGUGCAAUAUAUCUAGUCUGAGGCAUCCAGACGGUGCUUCGAAUCCUAAUUUAAAGGAAGAAAUCGAAAGGAUACCUGGGAACGGUGCUUCGGGCUCGGAUCCUGAGGAGGAAUACAUUGAGGCAAAGAAACUCUUCACUGCGGCGGAGAGAUCGGAAAGAACGAUUACUGGCAAAUCUGAUAUCGAGGAGGACGUUAAAAUUCAAGCACCAUCCUCCGGUAGAAUGCAACGAAAAAUUCUAAGUCUUGGCUCUUCGCUGGGUCUCAACAAAGAGGGUUACGAAUCUGACGCCGAUUCAGCAGCACGGGCAGCUAAAUUGUCACCGGCUACUUUAUCCAGACAUCGAGCUGAAAGUUCAGGAUACGACAGUGUUGUAAGGGACAGUGAGACCAGCAGUAUCGCUAGUGAUUCUUCUAGGCAAACCAGUGCUCUUCAAGAACAUCAAGCGGUGGAACGGCGGGUGGCAGGGCGCGUGCUCCGGGCACGGCUUCACUCUCAGCAGGUGGCACGGCAUCCGGUCGAGCCACCACUGCUGCCACCGGGGAUACUCGUUUACACAGGCGAGGACGUGGACAUCCUGGACAAGCGCGCGCGAUUGCGUUCGGAGCCACGUGGCACGAUGUCCAAGAUACACAAACUGCGACUGCGCCAGCGCCUUCUUAGGCACGAACUCAGAGACGCCAAGAAGCGGUUGAUGGUUCCCGACUGUCGUUGGAGUUACGAAUUGCACGUGGAGGACAGUAUGGACUGGCGUGACCCGUCCUUUCUCGAGGCUCUCGAAGCUGAAACUUGCAUACUCCAGAAACGAGUAGAAGCUUGCAAGAGUCAUGUCCUCUUGGUCACCUGUUUCGAUUUCUGUCCUCAACGAUCCUCAACGAGUAACGUCGCUUCACCGCAAGAAAUAAAUAUCACCUAACGUAGAUUCGGAUCAGCGCGUAUGACCGCGUGCUGAUCGAUACCGAUACCAGUUAACCAUCUUAACAUGCGUCUUCUAAUCUACCUACGAUCGAAUUUGUAUUCUAUGAUUCGCUAGGUUGGAGAUAGAGUUAAUAAAAGAUAGAGAAGAGAAGAGACGAGCGAGGUCGUCGAAUAAAAUGCGUCACCGACACCGACGCCGAUGUCGCUCGACUCCGUCCAAAAUAACUAUUAUGGUUAGUCAAAAAAUCGUCGUAACCUCGUCUUACCAUCGCAUGUCAUUGUUAUCCUUUGUCCAGUUUAAGCGCUACAGGAAAAAAAAAGAAAUGGAAAAAAAGAAAAAAGAAAGAGAUAGAGAGACAGAAAGACAGAAAGAGAGAGAGAGAGAGAGAGAGAGAGAGAGAGAAAGAGAGAAAGAAAGAGAAAAAGAGAACUGCCUCCUCGAUAUUUUAACCUUUCAAUUACGAAAUCACGAAGAAAAAAAAUCGCUUUCUCGCGAAUCGAUCUCAUAUUUCUCAAUCGUCUAUAAGUAAUCUUUGAAACAUUGAAUUUACCUUCGAAUAUUAAAGAGCGUGUUUACCAACAUACGAUGACCUUGCUUGCUUUUUGUAGAUGAAAGGUUAAAGGGACGGCACCGUACACACAUGUACACACCGGUAAAUAUACCUACGUACGCGCACACGCACGUGUCUUCUUAUUGGAGUUGUUAGAGACUAUAUCGAAUAUAUAUAUAAAUAUAUAUAUAUAUAUAUAUUAUAUAUAUAAAAAUAUAAAUAGUAUAUAUCUAUGUAUUCGCGUUACGAUUUCUCGACGUUCGAAUUUCCUCGGUUCCUUUUUAAAUGGCGUACGUCGAGUUUCAAAUGACUCCCCACAAUCGAGAUAGAUAAAAAAAUGUUAUUAUUAUUAUUAUUAUUAUUAUUAUUAUUAUUAUUAUUAUUAUUAUUAUUAUUAUUAUUAUUAUUAUUAUUAAUAUUAUCAAUAUUAUUAUAAUUAUUAUCGUAAUCAUUAUUAUUACUAUUAUUAUUAAUAUUAUUAUUAUGGAUUAUUGUUACGAGAUGUAGAGAGCGCUCGACAAGCGAUUAUAUAUAAAUGUUUAUAUUUAAUUUAUUCAUUUUUAACGUACAAAAGAUAGGUGCUGCGUUUAUUAUCGUUCUUAAUGCGUGUAUCGUUCGUUGCACUUCGCGUUUCAAGUAAAUAAAAAUUUAAAGAAAAAAAUAAAAAAAUAAUAAUAAUAAAAUAAAAAAAAAAAAGAAAAUAGACUCGCACUACCGUUGAUCGACCGAUAUAAUAAUGAUAAUCAUUGCCGAAAGCCUUUCGACGAACAUAAUGUAGUGUUUGGUAAAUUUUAUUACGAACGAACGGACGCGCUAUUGCGUCCUUUUCCUCGUAUCGUUCGUUCUAGUCGCGUUUAAAGGCAAUAAUAUAAUCGAUGAGAUCCGUACUGUCAUACUGUCAAUGAUAAAAAAGAAAGAAAAGAAGGAAAAAAAAAUAAAAUGAAAGAGAAGAAAAAGAAAGAAAACAAUAUAUGACUUCCAAUAAUACAAAGACUGCCGGCGAAUAGGCCGAACUUUUUAGCGUUUCAAAACGAUGAAGACAAAGAGAGACGAUCGAUUUACUAUCGAUUUACUAUAAAAUACAUUCUUCAAUGAGAUUAUUCAACGGGAAACUUAUGCGAUUAGAAAACGUGCCAUGAAAAAUAUGGAGUGGUCUUUUCUAAUCGAGAACUCGAUUGUUUCUUCCUAAUAGUAAAAAUGAAAUAAACGAAAAAAGAAAAAUAAAAGAAAAAAAAAUAAAAUACAUAAAUACAUAAAUAAGCAAAGAAGCAAUGUAUAAAUAUCGAAGUUCGAUCGCCAUCAUCAUUGAGAUUCCGAUUCAUGCUAAUGUAGACGAGUCGUAGAUAUAAAAUAGAAAACUCCCAACGAGCCACAUGCUACUGCCAAAAGAGAGAAAGAAAAUUAAAAAAAAAAAAGAAAAAAAAAGAAGAAAAAACGGAAAGAACGAAAAGAAAACGAGAGCACGAUAAAAUCAUUUUUUGUACGAUUUAAGAAUUAAUGUGAAAAAGAUUAAAGUAAGAAAGAUGAAGAAAAGAAAAAAAGAAAAAAGAAAAAAUUAAAAAACUGCGACCGCAAGCGAACUAAUUAAGAUAUACACGCACGUUAAUUCAACAUAUUAUCGUAGCUUUAAUUGUUAUCGACAGUUAUCGCACUUCGUAGGGUUCUGUAACUUCACGUAGAAAGACGCUGAUCGUGGUGAAUUAAGAAAGAGAGAGAAAGAAAAAGAGAGAGAGGAAGGAGAAAAAUAAUUACGAAAUUGCGUUUGUAAAAAUGAAACUCGUAAGACACAUGUAAGAAAGAAAACGUGACAUUUUCGAUAAACAAGAGUAAAAGAAUAACAGAAUAAAAGAAUAAAAAAUAAAUAAUAAAAAUAAAUAAUGAAAAAAGAUAAGAAGAAGAAAGUCAAAAGAAAAACAGUUAGAUUAGUUAAGAGUUCUCGAAAAUAUCGACGUUGUGAAUAUGUAAGAGAAAAGACAACGUUCGGGGUUAAGAAGUAGACGGUCUCGAAGAGAAGGGAGAGAAUGAAAAUAGGCGGGAUAAAAAUAAAUCGGUAUACCAGUAGGCAGUUAAAAUGCAAAAAUAGAGAUUCCAGUAUUCGAAUGCGUGUCGCGGCGAACCGAGAUCCGAUAACUAUCAAAAACAUCCCCUCUUUUUUCGUCAUAAUUUUCGUUUCGCAUAUAUCUACCUCUCUUCAAUUUUCCUUCGUGCAUUAUGUAUGUAUAUACAAGAAUAAUGUAUCUAUGUACGUAUGUACGUAUGUAUGUAUGUAUGUAUGUAUGUAUGUAUGAUCGAAUAAACAGGUAUGCUCGAUUAAAAAAAAAAAAAAAAAAAAA